AUGAUCCGGGCUAUAAUAUCGUCUUUUGUCUGGCUAUUUGGUAUUAGAGCUUUUAUAAUAUCGUUUACAAGUGAUUUUAUACCAAAACUGGUUUAUCAAAUUGUUUAUAAUCAUGACGAACUUUAUGGAUAUGUGAAUAAUUCACUAUCUUAUUUUGAUAUCUCAUCAGCGGAUUACAAAUUAAAUAAUAUUGUCACUGGAAAUAUUACCACUUGCAGAUUUCGCGACUAUCGGCAACCACCUUGUACUGUAUCAAAAUCUGAGGAUUGUAAUUAUAAUUACGAUUUGACAAUUCAGUGGUGGGUAGUACUUGCAUUUCGUUUGGCCUUUAUCAUAAUAUUUGAGCAUGUUGUAUCAGCCAUUAAAUCUUUCGUUGCUUUCAUUAUUCCUGAUAUACCGUCCAAGAUUUUCAUCCAAUUGCAACGUCAAAAAUUUUUGUCUCGCCAAGCAAGACUUUUGGAUUUAAGUGGAAAUAAUGAGAUCCAGAGCAAAUUUUCUGGUAAUAUAAUUUCAAGUGACAUUGGGACAAAAAUAAAGGAAAGAAAUAUUGCUUUUCAACCCGAUCUUUUUGGUACUAACGAUCAGACUAUAUCUCAACCGUUUAAGACAGUAAUGAGGCAUGAAUCUCUGCGAAAUAUCACUGCAUCAUUAAGAUCUACAAGUGCCGAUAGUUUCUGUUCUUGUUAUGAUGAUAGGACAGAAAAAGAUCUUAAGGGAUUUAAUCUUUUUGCUUUUAUACUUGUUCAAAAAUUUUGGAAAUCUUCAAUGUCUAUUAAGAUUUAUCAAAGAAGGCUUUCACCACAUUCACAUUGUCUUAACUCACAUCGUCUUAAUUUGCAGUAUUCAUACAUAUGUUGCCAGUGUCGCUUGUUAUAUGCAAAUCGACAACGCCUUAUUCGUCGUAAUUAUUACUGGUAUAUAACACAAAAAGCUGAACGAAUUAAAAAAAGACAAAAGCUUAUGUCGGUGGAUCGACUUGCACCAUUGGACGCAAUUUGUGUGAUACUUUUUCAAACAGCGAGUUGCGAUGAGAUUCGACAGGCGCUUAUCAAUUACGAUCAGUCGGUUCAUCAUCCCGAAAAACUCAUUUAA